GCGUGCUGCCUCAGAGCAUAGAACAUGGCCCCUUGUGACAACCGCUUCCAAUUUGUGAAUAUAUCCCCUCUACACUCUGAAGGUAUUCUUUGUUCCCAACGCUCAUCAUGGAGGAUGAACACACGGCGAGCUCUAGCGUUGGCACUCUGCGCGGAGCUCCUCUACAUUUGACAAUAUCUCCUCCUGACAUCACUGAUCUUACCAGCCCUCGCGCUGCUUCUCCCCAUAGUUCUCUGCCAUCGCCUUCGAGUCCCUCAGGUGACUCUGUCUCGUCAUUUCCAUCAGUAUCAUCGUCGUUUCUCUUCUCUUCAGGACCUGCGACCCCUCCACAGAUUGAUCUAGACAUACCGGGACAUCCACCGGAGUCUGAAAGCGGUCAUGAGCUGAUCAUACCGUCACUGACAUUACCAUCACCCAUUCGUCGUGCAACGCAAUAUGGAAAGACGCUGGGAGAUGUCAAGUUGCUGGUUCUGUCUCGAGCAGGCGCGAAUGCUGAAGAAUUCCUCAGAGUACUCGCAGACGAACAAUGCGAGGACUAUGUCGAUGUUGGUACAUGGGAGAACCUCACGGAUCAUCAGAAUUCAAGAGGGAAUAUUCAUCGCUUGAACAUAUCCACAGACUGGAUUGAGCACUCCGAUAGACAUGGUCUCGAGAAGUACGAACCUGCGAAGAAUAUUGAAGUGACGCAGCUACCAGACUAUGACUUGGAUGAUGAUCCCGACGAGUUGCUCGGAUCUAUUCUGGAGAGAGUUCACGACCCAUUCCAAUCGAUGCUUUCAUUGGUCAACUUUGACCAACCGCCGAAUCCUCUCCUGGCGCAAUUGCUGGCCUCUCCAUCUUCACCGUUGUACACGGCUCUGCUUUUGCUGCUGCCUUCGUGUGAGUUUCAGCCUUCGUCCCCCGAGUCUUUCGCAAGACGUCAUGCAAGACGUUGUUCUGGCUCUCAUUCUGGGUACCAUCCGAAUGCUAACACUAUAAUUACAGCACUCACCCCUUUUGAUUACCAAGUCAUAUCGGAACUCAGCCUCCAUGUUCCACUGAUCAUAUUCCCUUCUUCCGCUCUCGACACUCUACGUCUUCACUCACAUCCACGAUCCUCCGGGACCCUUCAUCUAUCUUUAUUCCACCCAGACUCGCCCCAUGCCUUCCGGACGACACUUAUACACUCACCCGAAACUUUGGCAUCUCUUCGCCUUGAAGCUGUAGAUCGAUUCUUACGCUGGAGAGAAGUCGAACGAGGCGUUGAGAGGGUUCUAGACGCUAACUCUGGCAUAUAUCCUUCCACAUGUGCUCACCUCCAAACCCCAAGACGUGAACGUCAUGCUUGGGACUGGGAAACUCAUGAUAGUCCUCAUUCCACCAUCGCGGGUUCAGGUUCGGGUGCCGCUUCUACCAGAGGUAAAGCUACAGUCAAAUGGGAUAAAGCGCAUUGGGAGUCAAAAUGGCAAGGAUCGUUGUCUACUGAUGUUGCGAAAGGGUUGAGACGGAGAAGGGAAAGUGUUCGUGGCCGAGAAGUGAGACCCAGACAGAUGGCAGAGCGCAGAUCGACUGUAACCUCUCCCUCCUCAAUUCGUCCAUCUCGGCCUUCACCUCCACAAAGACUCCCCUCAGCACUCACAAAACGAAGCUCACCUCCUCUUAGACACCAAUCUCCCCAUGAUUCAAGUGAAAAAGAUGUCUUACCACCUCCAUCGAUGUCUUUCGAUCCUUUACACCUUCCAUCACUCUUCGCGUUCUCGCUUUCCUUGUUCGCACCUUUGAGGACUAGGUUCUUUAAUUCACUACCUUUGGGGUCAAGAGGUGAUGAUCCGAAUGGGAGUGUGGGCCUUGGUGUGGGGAUUAUUUUGGGUGCGUUUUGUGCAGGGUUCGGAAUCGGAUACAUUAUCGCUGGUAUGUAAGCGGUGGGGUCAGCGGCUCGGAGAAACUGAGAGGGAAGCAGGCGGAUCACAAGUACUUGGACUUUUGUUACGUUGCAUGUCAUCACACAAUUGUUGUAUUCAAUUUGGAUUCUUUGCUUUUGAGUUGAGGACGGUUGAUUGCGAGCGAGAUCAUAUCAUGUACUGGAUAGUCUGUACACAGCUUCUUAAACCUUAAUGCGUAUUCAUUCCACGAUUAAUACAUUGUAG